AUGGCUCCUCGAGUCAACGAUUACCAUAUUUUGCCAACGAUGAUGCAUAAGGGAGAUUUAUGCAUUGGCCACCUGAUCAGCAGUAUCAAGGACUUGAUAAUCAUCAACGAUGGCGACGAUGAAAUUGUAACAUUUGAUGAGCAUCGCAUCAAAGCGUCGCACAUGUUCAAUGUGUCCAUCACUGCGCAAGCGGCAAGCUCUGGGGGCGCUGGCUUUUUUGCAGACGCAGCCUCGGCCGUUUUUGGUGGCAAGAUGCGUCUCAGCAGCAAGACUCAAUCUUCAAAUCGUUAUUUCAUUCCCGAAAUGCAUGGGCUGCAGAUAACACUCGGAAAAUCCGACUUUCUCAAAGCCGUCGAGUGUUCUGCAGCGGUACAGAAGCAUUUGGCCCAAUACGGCGGCUAUCUGUACAUGAUCACCGGCUUGAGAUUUUGCAACCAGAAAUCUGUCAUGGUUCGUCGUGAUGGGGGACUCGAGAUGCAAAACGAACUUGGUCUUGAUUGCGGUCCGGUCACGGUUGGUCCGCGCAUGCACUGGGCUCGUGGAAGCAUCUCGAGCCAGGAAAUGGCUGAAGUGGCAGAUGUCAUAUUUGCAAUCAAGGUCACGAAGCUCAAGUAUAGGAGGAGAUCUAUCAUUGUUGGGAAAGAGCAUCUUGUUGCGAAAGGAUAUUAUCACGGUGCAGAACUUGUGGGCGGUGGAAAUGCUAAGCCUGCGCUGGAGAAAGCAGAUGCUUUUGACGUGGACGUCGAGGAGGAUUUCGAUGGAGAAGAUGUGGAAGGAAGCUGGAAAGUCGAGCCCGAUGUAAAUUGGAUCGCGUCUGAGUAG